GAGAAAUCAAAUGAAAGUACAAUAUUCCCGCGAUCCUGAAGAGAUGAAAAAGGAGUGCUAUAGCUACGCCUAGGUACUUAAUAUUAUAAAGGUGAGGCGUGUGAAAAUUAUAUGUGCCAUGAAUGGGGAAGUAAGUUGCAGGCAAGCAAGUGUCAGACUCCUUUUUUCUCCAAUUAAGUAUGAUUGGGAACGGGAAUUCGUUGCAGUGAAGGAAUAAAAAAAAAAAAAUAACGAGAGAACGAAGCCAGGAGUCCAUGCAAAUAAUCUAUGAAUCUAGGCGUUUUUAAUCGUGUUAACCUUAAGGAUUUAGGGGACAACAUGUACUCAGAAUGGGCAUCUCUGAGUAUAUUAAUCCAGCAGGGAUCAGAGGACAGCCAAAGUGUGUUGGAAAAAUUUAAUUCUGUUGUUGGUAAGGAUGUGACUCUGUCAAUAGUUCGUCAAUUAGCAGCCAAUCUUGGUAUUGCCCAAGCUGCUGAGGCAAGCCCUUUGAUAACGGAUAAGGAAGUCCAAUGGUGCAUGGAAGUCAUUUGCUUUGGACUAUCUCUUCCUUUGACAGAACACGACACAGUCAGAGAUUGUGUGAACGUUUACUGCGAAUGGCUGUCAGCUUUGUACACUUCACCAAAAAUAUGUGUGCCUAAGCCUAUUGCUGAUGAUUCGAAUUAUUAUGCCAGGAAAAUUAUUGGUCAUUUGCACAAUCUUUUUGUACCUAGGAAGGGGGAAGUCUGGCCAUUUAUAUACCAGGAUUUGGGAACUGAUACAAUUAAUAAGCAAGCAGUAUUAUGUCACAGAGUUUUGAGAACUUUGCAGCAAGUUGCUAGGAGCUCAACAAAUUUGGAAAGAGAAACUUGGGAAAGCUUACUUUUAUUUUUAAUCGGUAUUAACGAUGCACUUUUGGCACCACCGGCAAUAAGAGAGGACAUUGGUGAACAAUUGUGUGAAAGAGUAUUAGGGGUACUUUUGGAGGUUUGGCUGGUGGCUUGUGAGCGUAAUUUUCCAUCCCCACCUCUGUGGAAAACCCUAAGAGAAUCUUGUCUACGUUGGCGACACAGAUUAUCUUUGAUUGAACAAUGGAAUCGUGUUUGUUUAGCAUUGACAGCACGUCUGUUGCACAUAAUGUACGGCCCAACGUUUCCAGAACUCAAAAUAAGCGAAGAAGAUUCGCAGUUGGUACCAAGUACAAUGUCAAACGAAGCCGUUUCCCAGGCUUGGUACAGAUUAUUACGAACGAUCGGCGAUCCAGUCGAUUUAUGCCGACCAGCCGUGAUAUCGCAGACCCAAGCAUUUCUCAGAUACGCUCUGUCCAGUCCCAACACCAUAGAUCCAUGCCAGCACCCAUGCUUGCAACAGCUACCCUACAUAUUUCUCAAAGCAAUAAAAGGCAUCGCCGGCCAGGUCGAUGCUUUUCUAGGUAUAUCGCAAGUCUGCUGCUGGGAGGAGUGCUGCGUAACGAGCUUCAACUUGCUCUCGGGAGCUAGUAGCUCGAGCGCCGUCACCUCGUCCAGUCUAAUUGGCCCCGGUGGCGUUGGUUCGAUCAAUCUCGAGCGUGGCUUCGCUAUUAGGGAACACCACCACCAACCGAGUCACCCAUCGCCGACCCCGCCUACCCAGCGCAGGCUCGCCAAGAGCUUCAGCGUCACACCCUCGGCUGUAACCAAGGGAAUUCCAAAGGCGUCACUGAUAGGGCUGACUACGAGCAGAGUCACCAGCACCUCGCUGAUGAGUACAAAUUCGGGUCCCUCCUCAACUUCCAGUAUAACUUCCAUGGGAUCUGUGAAUCAAGACGCGAGACCUCCCUUGGCCCCAGGCCGGCCCAAGUGCAACAGUAUACUUCAUCUUUUUGGAGAGUGGCUGUUCGAAGCCGCGUUCAUCGGUACGGACGGCUGGUCGCAAAGUUUACCUCAGCCAAACAAUGCCCCGAAGCGUCCAUCAUCGGUAAUCGUCGACGGUCCGAGCUCGUUGCAAGAAAAUCUCGGAGAAGUACCGGCUUCGCUUGGCAUAGAUAGAUACGAAUCCGGCCGGGCCGAGGCCAUGGGGACCCUUUGCCGGAUAUUUUGCGCCAAGAAGACCGGGGAGGAAAUUUUGCCGGCCUACCUGGCGAGGUUUUACCAAGCCAUGAGCCACGGCUUGAAAGUCAACAGGUUUACCGAGACGAAAGAGUGCGGAGAGACGCUGGCAAGUAUACUGUGCAACUCGGCCGAUCUGUUCCGCCUCGAUCUCGAUGGCGUGCAAGUUUUGGUUCCAGCUGUAUUGGCUGCGCUGGAAGUCGUGCUACCGGAGAAAGAUUUGAGACUCAGGUCGAAUUCUGUAUCCAAAGUGGAGCUCCGCAGAUCGUCGAUACACUUGUUGCUGUCGAUGCUCGCGUUGCCCCUGCAUUUUCAAAAUCUGCAAAUCAAGGAAAUACCCACUACGACCUCAAUAACGCAAGAUAAAGUACCGAUCACGUUUGCACAAUUGAAACCAAGACUAAUGAACUUGUUGAGCAACGCGUUGCAAGUUGAAGUCGAUCCGCAAAAUACGCACAUGCUCUUGGGUGGUUUAUUGUUGAGCGUGCAAGAUUCAGCUGCUGCGGAAGAAGCCGAGCAAGUGACCCAGCCAGACAGUACGGUGUCAAACGAGACUACGACCAAUUUGUUGUCAUCCGUCUGCACCAGCGACACAACCAGUCAGAUAAGCAUAUCCAGCGAUCUGCGCUCACUAGGCGAUACAUCCGAUAUUACUAUGCUGCAAGAAGAUAGCGUUUCGUUUGAUUCCGCGCACGCCCUUUUCGUGCGAGCUACGUACCUGGUGUGCCACCGAUUGAUUUCCUCCUGGAAAACGGAUCUCAAUGUUUCAUUGGCAGCUCUCGAAAUGCUCUCCGGCUUGGCCAGAACUCGCAUACGCGAAACAGCGAGGAAACUAACAGACGCCUUGGAGUGUAAAAGAGCAGUAAAGUGGCUGUGCGAUUAUAUAGCCUACCAGUGUUGGCGGCCACCACCCGCACAUUCCAAAGAUCUUCACUCGUCCAUCGUCGCUGCGUUCUCUUGUCUAACUACUUGGCUCACAGCCCAUCCGCAACUGUUGCAAGACAAGGAAUGCUUGGCGACAGUCUUAGAAGUCGUUGAGUUGGGCGUUUCGGGGUCGAAAUCGGUGGGAAAGCCCGGCGAGCCGAUAAAAAUGAAGGACGCAAAAGAGCUGAAACCGGCAUCGAUGCGCGUCAGAGAUGCUGCCGAUGCCCUGCUCACGAUAAUUCUCGAGCAGGUCGGUUACUUUCCAAGCGUGUGCGGUGCUCAGUCGCUUUCCUCGUUGCUGGACGAGGUAUCUCUGUUGCGCCAUUGCAACAGUUGGCCCACCAACGGCGACCAAGUAUCCCGGGAACAGGCGGUCGAACGUUUUCGUUACUUCGUAGCCGAUAACGCGACCAUAAUGGCACUUCUCGAGGAGCCGCUCGGUAACGAUCAAGACCCACAGCCUACGGUUACGGCGCUAAUACGUGGACCCUUUGGCCGUCACGCCUGGACCAUGCAGUUGCGGCAUUUGCCUCGGCAUCGAUCGAUUGUGCGCAGCUCCAACGCAAAUCCCGGUCGGCCCCUGCCGCUGCAUGAAUCUCAGCCCCCUGUCGAUUACAAGCCAAGAUUUUUCCCGGACAAUGUGGACAAGAUACCUCACUGCGUCGUGGACGAGUCGAUACCAAGUUUGGAGGCGAUUAUGAACGAGAGCGACUCCUUAAUGAACGAUCACCAGGUACUUCACCAAUUGCUCGACUACGCAAUCGCUAGUGAGGCAAAUUUCAACGAAGAGAGCGCGAACCGCGUGGCUACGGAGAAAAUGAGCGAGUGCUCACCGCCGAAAAUCUGCCACGAGUUUCAAACGGCCAGGCUAUUCUUGAGUCACUUUGGUUUUCUAAAUCCCGACUCGAGCGCUCAAAGCGAACUGGUCACCGGAGGCUUGAUAGCUCUCGAUCCCACGAUAGCAGGUUUCGCCUCAGAUCUCGAAAGUCUGGACCACAUUAGCGCUCGAACUUGCGAUACCGUGCACGUUUUUUAUGUCAAAGCAGGCCAAGCUUCUCCAGAAGCGAUACUCACCAAUGUUCUGCACGAGAGCAGCGUGUCAUCCAAUUUUCUGGAGUUUCUGAGCUCCCUGGGCUGGCCAGUAUCGGUAUCUUCGCAUGCAGGUUGGACUGGCCACGUUCAAACUUCGUGGCGCUCCACGCCGAGCUCCCAUCAGGCCAAUAUUCCUCAGCCUUCCGAAGACAAUGACGACCACGGAGGUGCCCUUUACAACGGCAAUACUCACGUACUGUAUUGGGCAGACGUCAGCUCGGAGGUGGCCUUUGUCGUGUCCACCCUCUCGUCCAACGCGACUUCGAUCCCGGCUGGCGUUGAUAGCAAACACAACGACACCAAUAAUGUGUGGUUCGAGCGCUGCGUCAAUAACAGCAACGCCUCGCACAUUUUUGCAAAUUCUUCCCCCAUAUCGGGUCAAACUCGCGCGAUGUCCCUCGAUUUGGAAAAACAGUCUGCCAACAUGUCUUCGGCUUCAGCUGGGUCCGCUCAAUCCGAGCCAAUCAGACCACGUAGAACGACGAAACAUUCCUUACCACCACAGACAGACACGAAAAUAAUGGUCGUGUGGCUGGAGAGUCUGGAAGACCACGUGCAAUUUCCGAUUUCGGGACUGUUACCUCACACAAAUACGGGCCUGGAACAUUCGCGGGUAGUGCAGGCGAGCGACGUGCACGUGAUAUACCUGCAAGCCCUCGCGAAUGGGCUGAUGCACGUUAAGCUUCAAGGUCCCACCUCACGCAUGAAUUUCGCCACGCCGCUGAUCGACGGUAUGGUAGUACCUAGACGAGCCCUCGGCUCCUUGGUACGUCAGACUGCACUCAACAUCGGCAGAAGAAAACGAUUGGACAACGAUAGUUAUCAUCCACCGCACGUUAGACGACGAUUGAAGAUCCAAGACAUGGUACAAAAGUACAAGCUGAAUCUUCAACAACCAGAACUGUUGACUUUGUUGUUCAGUAGUACCCAACUGUAAAACAAUCAUGUCGAUAGACAAAAGCAUAUAUUGAUAAUUAAAAAUGUGAUACACAAUACUUUAUACG